AUGUGGAACAACUGCGUCCACGCUGACGUACUUGGGCGGCGGAAGCACAAUGAAGGCUCCAGAGGCGCAGCUUCAGUGCACGAGAGAGAGUCGUCGUAUCACAGUCGCGCGCGGAGUGUGGGCUAUGGAAUUGGCUUCACAGGAGGACAGAAGGUGUUUGAGACUUCUCCGCCGACAGGACGGACGCAACUUGUCCUCUUCGUACUUGAUGAGCUUGUGCACUCGUUGGUGGCCACCUCCUACUCCUCCUCCUCCUCGUCCUCCUCCUCAGAUCCUCUGUCGGGCCCGGGCACCCACGGUUGGCACGCCCCGCUGGACUGUGUGCGCGCCAAUGAGAUGUGCAACCAGAACGCGCAGUGCAGCUCGCGCUACCGCAUCAUGCGCCAGUGCCUGGUGGGCAAGGACCGCACCACCAUGCUGGCCAACCGCGAGUGCCAGGCGGCCCUGGAGGUGCUGCAGGACUACCCGCUCUACGACUGCCGCUGCAAGCGAGGCAUGAAGAAGGAGCUGCAGUGCCUGCAGAACUACUGGAGCAUCCACAUGGGCCUGGACGAAGAUGAAGAGUUUUACGAGACGUCACCUUAUGAGCCCCUGCACCCGUCUGACGAGUUCCGACUGGCCUCCAUCAUCUCAGCCAUCGACUCUGCGUCCAGCAAGGGCAACCUGUGCUCGGACACGGGCAGCCCGUGCAACCCCUGCCUGGACGCGGCCAAAGCCUGCAACCUGAACGACACCUGCAAGCGCCAGCGCUCCCAGUACAUCGCCGCUUGCCAUAGCAAGACAUCACCCCUGCAGCACCCCAACACGCCCUGCAACCGUAAGCGUUGCCACAAGCAUCUGCGCCAGUUCUUUGAGCGUGUGCAGUCUGAAUUCAGCUACCCGCUGCUCUUCUGCGCCUGCCGCGACAUGGCGUGCGCCGAGCGCCGGCGCCAGACCAUCGUGCCGUCCUGCUCCUUCGACGAGAAGUCCAAGCCCAACUGCCUGGAGCUGCGCCGCACCUGUCGCUCUGACUCACUUUGCAGGUCUCGCUUGGCUGAUUUCCACAUGAACUGCCAGAUGAGUCCCCACACCAAAACAACCUGUGAAAAGGACAACUAUUACGCCUGCCUCAUCUCUUACGUUGGUCUCAUUGGUAUGGAUAUCACACCAAACUACGUGGACGCCAGUCACAGCAACUUCACCAUCUCGCUGUGGUGCAGCUGCCGGGGUAGUGGGAACCAAGAGGGGGAGUGUGACGCCUUCCUCCGAGACUUCAGAGACAACACCUGCCUCAGAAAUGCCAUUCAGGCGUUUGGCUACGGUUCGGAGGCGGGCAUCGGCCACAUACCCAUGCUGGAGUCACACCACCACCCUCACCACCCGCCACACCACCACCCACCUCCUCCUGGCCCCUCCUCUCUGCCGCCCGGGCACAUGAACUUGCAGCCGGCCAUCAUCACCAAGCCCUCCAUCAACUCCAACGACGUCAAGCCCGUGGACAGCAAUGCCUGCGAUACGGACUACUCCACCUGUGCAAACCUGAAGGACGGUGAUAAAAAGUGUACCAGCUCAGAUGCCUACGAGUGCACAAAUGAGAACCUGCUGGAACCCAGCCUGGUGGACGGGGCGGCCCCAGUCGGCUCGCAUCAAGCGGCAGACGAGAGCGCCAGGCAGUCGGCCGCCACGGGCCCCCUACAGCACCCGUCCACCGCCGCGCUCCUGCUGCUAGCCGGCAGCCUGCUACUCCACCUCCUCAGCCCACCAUUGCUGUAACGUGCUCCCACUCAGACGACUACUCCUCCUCCUCCUCCUCCAUCUUCUCCUCCUCCUACGGCUCUCCUCCGUGGCCCAGCAUUGCUGUAACAACCCAACUAAAGACACAUCCUGCUCCUCUUUCUCCUCCUCAUCCUGCUCUUCAGUUCGGCCACG